UGUGCUGUCUUGAUGGUUGAAAUGCUUUUCGGGUUUUGCACUUUGCAGACGGUCCCUUCGGAUCUGUCUUUCAGCCGCCUGCGCGUAGAUAGGUCAAUGUAUUUUGUCCACUGCUAAGGAAAGCUUGUUUCGGGGGAAAUUAGAUUGCAGCUGCUUGUCUACGUUACUACGUAGGUGUUUUUUGUGUAGUUAAAAAGUUUAGCUAACGAGUUAUUGAAUCGAGUCCGGGAAGUUUGAAUCUAUUAAUUUAUUGCCAAUCUACUCAUUCAGUUUUUCUACGCCUUGAAAAAAGCGAGACGAUGAUCUGAAAUGGACACUUUUUACAAAUCCUUCAGUAAGAAGAAUUUCAGUAUUUCCUCAUCUCACUCUGACUCUGGGCCAAAUGUGAGCGCUUCAGCUCAGAGCGGAAGCCAUAUUACAACACCUGUACUCACCAACAAUGCAAUAACAGGGAAUGUCCACAUCAUACAUAAUGCACCUGGCUUUACUUUGUAUCGGCCACCCUCUGAAAAAACACAAACCUUGGGAACAAGGUCAGUGAUUUUAAAAUAUAAAAAGCUGAUCUGCAGCGAGCAUCAGUGUGUGACCGAGUAUAACUCACGGCCUGGUGAACAUGUGCUGCUGUCUGAGCGCUACACACAACCUCUGAUCAUUCAGAAACAUAGAGAUCCAAAAGAGAGAGAAGAAGAGAUCUGCUCGAGUGGAGAGAGCUUCCAGCGGGUCCUCAGCUCCAGGAGCAGCGAUGACUCUGUCCACCUGAACUCUCUGUUUGACCCAGAUAGUCACGGGAUCAGUCCUAGUGCUGUUAUACUGCAGGGGAAUUCUGGGAACGGGAAAUCCUUCACUGUGCAGAAGAUCAUGAUGGACUGGGCAUCUGGUGACCUCUACAAAGAGCGGUAUGAUAUUGUGUUCCACUUAAAGUGUAAAGAAAUAAACCGCAUUCCUGGCAAAAAGAGUUUGGUGGAGAUCUUGAGCUACAGCUGCAGUUUAACAUCUGAUCAGAUCUCACAGAUGUUACAACAGUCAUCAGAGAAGGUGCUUUUCAUCAUUGAUGGAUUUGAUGAGCUGAGACUCACAGAAGACAUUUAUGGCAUGUCACCAAACACUGAUCCGCUUCAGAAAGCCCCACCUGUGGUCAUUCUUUGUGACCUGCUGAGGGGUCGAAUCCUGCCAGAGUCCUUCCUGCUGGUCACCUCCAGAUCUACAGCUACAGACACACUGAGUAAACUUCUCAAAGGACCUCAGCGUUUCUCUGAGAUCAUGGGCUUCUCUGAGAAGGGGAUAGAGGAGUACUUCCAGAAGUUUUUUCAGAAUGAGGAGCUUUUCAGGAAGGCGUAUACACUUGUGAAGACAAAUGAAACUCUCAUCACUGCCUGUUCCAUCCCUGUUGUCUGCUGGAUCAUCUGCACAACUAUCAAGCAACGAUUCAAAAGUGGUGCAGAUGUAACAAGUGGACUGGAAACCACCACCUCCAUCUAUGUUGACUUCGUGUGCACUCUACUGGAGCAUCACUGCCAGGGUUUGAGUCAGUCCGUCCCGACCCUGCUGAGGAGUCUGGGUCAGCUGGCAGAGAGAGGGAUGCUGGAACAGCAGGUCCUGUUGGAUGAGAAAACUGUCAAUGAAACAGUUUCAGACCCUGCUGGCAAUCCUUUCCUGUGCAAGUUCCUGUUUAAAAGAACAAUACGUCAGGAGACGAUGUUCAGUUUCAUGCAUCUCAGCUUUCAGGAGUUCUUCACUGCUCUGUACUAUGUCCUUCUGGGUGAAAAAGAGUCCCAGAGGAAAUGUACACAGCUAUUUUCCAUUGAUAGGUCAAGUGAUGAUCGCUUUACAGCUGUGAUGCAAUUUGCAUUUGGUCUGCUGAAUAAGGAUGUGAGAUGCACACUUCAAAGACACGGCCUCUUUGUUCAUCCAAAAACACAGGCUCAUCUAAAAGAAUUGAUUUUGAAAGAGCUUUGUUGUGAGUAUUUGAGUAGACUUUUUCCCCUUCAAUGUCUCUAUGAACUUCAUGAAGAGGACUUUGUGAAAGAAGCUUUGGAAGCCAUGAAUACAGUUACUGUAUAUGGUCCAGCCCUAAGAAGAACAGACUGCUGGGCCCUGAUGUACUGCGCUCAGUGCUGUCAGUGCAUAGAAGAACUCGCUCUCUAUGAUUGCAGAUUAACUUCUGAAAAGUUGCUUAUGAUUCUGCCAGUUCUCCACAAGUUUAAGAAUUUAGAGUUGGGUCUUGAAGGAGUUUCAUCAGACUCUGAUCUUACUGAAUUGAUGUGUGCUCUCACAAGAGAACAGACCCUGAGCUCUCAUUGCUUUGAUGUCAGCCUCCCAUUCACAAACAGUGGAACCAUUAAUCUGUCAAUCAGUAAAGAGCUCUCCAGUAUCCACAUACUUCUUCCAUGGUGGGAAGGAGCAUCUUUGCGAACACUCAAUCUCGGCUUUCCAAAAGCAGGUCUAAUCGACAUCGACUGGACCAGACUUUCUCAGACAAUUCACAGUGGGGACACAGAUGUGAUAAUGUCUGUUCUCCUUUCUUUCUCUAAUCUGAAAAAGAUGGAAAUGAGUGUGCGCUGUCUAAGUAAGAUGUGGUCUGCUUGGACUCUCCAAAUCAUGCAGAACUGCUUCAGUCUAACAGAACUCGUGGUAAAAGCUGACUUUUUACUGGAGGAAGAAAUCAAGAUCUUGCAGAGGUCACGCAGAAGACCAGCAUGUAUUGUGACAUUCCAGGGGUACAUGUGCAAUAAACAGUCUCAAAAAUGCACACAUUUGAAUGACAGUUGGCUUAGCUGCAACCAGGAGGUGAAGAUUCAUCUCAAUUCCCAGGGCUUUUCUAUGGAGACUUUGCGAAAGCCCUUAUUUAUGAGCUAAUGGCACAGCUUGAUAACUUGGAGAAAAUUGCUAAAGCUGCAUCUUUACCUAGGACCGUGAUGAAGACGUCAACCAAAACGUAUAGUAAUAGUCAUGUCAAUUUAUUUGUAUAUUGCGUUUGCGUUUCACAAUACAUAUUGUUUCAAAGCAGCUUAACAGAGUUUUACGAUGUUGAUGCUUAUUGUCUAAUUAACCAUUUAAGAGCUGAAUGCUAUAGUUUAUAUGUGAAGAAUGAGAUUUGAGAUUGCUUUAUAAUAUAUCGCGUGACCAUGUAAGAGUAUUGUAUGUAUACAUGCAGAACAAAAUUGAAUAGUAUAUGGGGUUUUAAUUUACGCAGAGAAAUGUCAAAUUAUGUAUCUGUAAGGUUUUGUACAAUUUAUAAUAAUUUGGUGUAUUGACAAGCCUAUUUACUAGUAUUUGAUGAUGUUUAUCACUGCCACAGAUAAAUGACAGGUUUUAAGAUUUUGGUCAUAUUUUAGGGACUUCAUUAUUGGUGCCUUUUAGAAAAGUCAUAUUAGAAUCUGGAAUUUAUGUGUUUUGAUUUUACAGUAUUGAGACUUAAAAACAAACGAAUAAAACAUAAAAACAA